AUGGACGCCGCGACGAUUGAAGAGACGAACCGUAUUCGAAUCUCCCUGGGCAUGAAGCCCCUGCCUGUCCCGGGAGCCGACACAUCGAAUAAGCAAGAGUCCAGUGACGCCGACAGCGAUGGCGAAGUGGCCAGCACCCUCGAGAGCCGCCAGGCUCAGGCCUACGACAACUACAACAAGGCCAUGGAGGCCGAGAAUGCGAAGAGGAAGCGCGAAGAGAAGGCUGCUGCCAUUAGGAAAGCGCGAGACCAGGCCCAACUCCACGCCGUCAUCGAAGGCAAAGGUUUCGGAGAAGCUGAAGAGGGUGGUGAUCUGACCGCAAAGGACUGGCUCAUGGGUCAGAAGAAGCGACAGAAGAAGAUCGCCAAGACCAGGAAGCUCGAGGAGGAGUUGGCCGCAGCCGAAGCUGCUGCUGCGGCUGCAGUCCAGUACACCUCCAAGGACCUUGCGGGCAUCAAGGUUGCGCACGACACGGCUGAUUUCCUGGACGGAGAUGAUCAGAUCCUUACGCUCAAGGAUACCACAAUCGAGGAGAAUGAAGCUGAAGGCGAUGAGCUGGAGAACCUAAACAUGCGAGAGGCCGAAAAGCUCUCCGAGAGGCUUGACCUUAAGAAGAAGAAGCCUGGUUACAACCCUCACGAUGAUGAAGAGGGAGGUGAACGGAGUAUUCUUGCGCAAUACGACGAUGAAAUCGGUGGCAAGAAAGCCAAGAAGUUUACUCUCGACAUGGAUGGUGCCAUCGCAGAGCUCUCAGACAUUCUGGAUAAGCCGGCUGAAAAGGCGCGGAAGAUCCAGAGUGUCAGUCUUGACGACAUUGUUGGCGAUACCCCUAUUUCUUCAGACUACCUGGAUCCUUCAAAGAUCAAAGUCAAGAAGCCCAAGAAGAGCAAGAAGAACAAGGGAACAAGACAAAAGCCUGUUGAUGAGGAUGACAUCUUUCCGAUAGAUGCAGCGCCUGUGGACAGCAAUGCCAUGGAUGUCGAUUCCAGUAACGGCGCAGCUAGCAAGAAGCGGAAGACGGGAGACGAUACUUUUGUGGAUGACGAUGAUCUUCAGGCAUCGCUCGCAAUUCAACGAAAGAAGGCCUUGAAGAAGCGGAAGAAGACCAGACCAGAGGACAUCGCCAAGCAGCUCAAGGAACAAGAAGAUGAGCCGGAACACGCUGAGCAAGAGGAGGGAGGACUUGUUCUGGGCGAGGUAUCGGAGUUCGUGGCUGGACUAAGCAAACCUGGUGAGAACGAAGAGCGCAAACCUCGCAAGCCAAAGACAGUAUCAAAGUCACCAGAACCCGACGAGGAUCAUCCUAUGGAGGACAACGCACACGAGCCCGAAGAGGAGAAGCUGGCAACGUCGGCACUCGACGAAGUGGACGAGACUGGUGUUGAAGAAGAAAAGGCUGUUGGAGAGGGAAUGGGCGCCGCCCUAGCGCUGCUAAGAGAGCGCGGUCUCGUGGAAGAUACACGUGGUGACACCGAGUACAGCAACUUGCGAGACCGAGAAGAGUUCCUGGCCAAGAAGCGACGUCUGGAGGAAGAGCUGGAUGAUCAGGCACGUCACCAGCGUGAGCGUGACCGCAUGAGCGGUAAACUCGACAGGAUGUCGGUACGUGAUCGUGAGGAAUGGGCCCGGCAGCAAAACACAUGGCGCGAUCAGCAACAAUCGCGACGCAUGGCCGAGCUGUUCUCAUCCGGAUACAAGCCCAACGUCGAGCUCAAGUACACGGACGAGCACGGACGAGCCCUCGACCGGAAGGAGGCCUUCAAGCAUCUCAGCCACCAGUUCCACGGCAAGGGAAGCGGCAAGGGCAAGACGGAGAAGCGCCUCAAGAAGAUCGAGGACGAGAAGCGACGCGAAGCCCAGAGCAUGUUUGACGCGAGCCAGUCUGCCGGCAUGAGCCUGGCGGCACAGCAGCAACUCAAGAAGCGGCGGGAAGCAGGCGUUCGACUUGCGUAA